AUGGGUUGGAUUCGACUACAUCCAAGCCUCGACGCCCCUUCGUUAACUUUCAUCCACGGCGACAUAAGCUCUCUCAAGAUUCCGAUCAAAGACUCAGGUGCCAUGGGACAUACUACUCACGCCAAGGCAACCGGUGUCGGAAACGCCACGAUGGACGAUGACUCUAAACCUGAGACCCGGCAAGACGACGACUCUGUUGAACGCGUUGACAUAGCUGGAAUCCCUAUGCACGAACCUCAACUGCUACCUACACUCGAAUUCGUUGCAGGAGAUGAAUGUUUCAGCAGCGACGACGCAUAUGCCUCACUUGUUGAUGAAGGCUCCGGCGGCAUUGCACCUCCGACUCUCACCAACAAGCCACCCAUCGAUGGUCUCAUCCAUGGUCUUGAUAAUGACGGGUCGCAAAGCUCUGUUGGCGAAGUCAGCUCAAAGAGUGGAACACGAGUCGUCUCGCUUGCUGAAGACGACCCCAGCUUUGCCGCACAUAGUAUUCCCAAAGGUGCUCUGAGCGACGGCAUUUCAGAAGACGGGUCAUCAGAUACGACCGCUGAUGACACGGCUUCGAGCAACGCAGACGACUCUAGUCUUGUGGUGCUCCAGAAGAUCGACUCAUACACCGGCGGUUCUCAAGCCGACAGCGUGUAUCAUAUUGAUCAAACAAACGAUCUGCAUACCGACGAAGAUAAUAAUCACCGGAACUUUGGAAAAGCCCAUUGCGAGAUCAAUACUGUAGACAACAGUGCAAUCAACGGCUUGUCUCAUGAGAAUGGGACUUACAGCUGGGUAUUCGACAACGAGGCCUUCAGAAACAACACUUGGCACUUUGGCGAGGAAGACGUUGUUGAACCUGCUCCGCAGAUUCGUAGCAAGAAGCCCGAACCGAUUUGGAAGCAGUAUCCUCAAGCCCAGUACCCUCGAUUCGACAUGGCCCUCAAUCCGACCGGCUGCGAUGGUACAGAAGCAACCUUGGCCUCGAGAGCCUACCCGAUGCCGAGUCCCGGCAGCUUGGUCGACCGCCAGGUCUGGGUCAUUGUUUCGAGCGAGUUCUCUCGGGCCACUGAUGAAGGAGAAGACGAUGAUGAGUCCAGCGUCGAGUACUUCAACCAAAACUAG